CCCCAGGCCCUCCGGCUCGGUGGCCGUUUUAAAAUCCUCGUCGUCCAUCGACAUUCCAUCCCCGCCUCCCUCCAUCCCCUUCAUCUCUCUUUCUCGCCGUCCCACCCCUUUCCGGCGACACGCACGCCGCUCCUCACCCCUCCACUUCUCUGCUUCAAGCAGCGGUUGCUGCCCGGCGGUGCGGGGCUUCGACGGCGGGCGGUGGGUUUUCGUUGGUUUCUUGGGACCGGUUCGAGGGUUGAGGAAAUGUCCACGGAGUGCUCGGACCUCGGGGAGGAGUUCUGGCUCCCGGAGGAGUUCCUUGACGACGACUUCUUCUCCGAAGAGGAGAAGGCGGCGGUGGCCGCCAGGAGCGAGAGCGACGAGGAGGACAGCCUGGCUGGCCUCUCGCGCCGCCUCGCGGGGCUCCUCGGGGACGACGCCGUGCGGAAGGCGCCCGCCAAGGAGGAGGUGACGGUUGGGUCGCCGCAGUCGACGCUGUGCGGGCUUCCCAAGUCCGGCCAGGAGAGCCCGAACGGCGGGGCGUCCAAGGGGACCUCGCCGCCGUCUUCGCCGCUGGUGCAGCGGCCGGCGGACCCGUGGGAGCUCCUCUACGAGGCGGCCGGGCAGGUUGCGCGCAUGCGGUCGGUGACCAACAGCAUCCCGGUGCCCACCAACGCCUACGGCUUCAACGGCCACGGUGGGUUCGCGCCGCCGGCGAGGAAGCCGUCGCCGCUCCCGGUGGCGCCGCCCGCAACCAAGGCCCCGGCCGGCGGUUACUACCACCCGCUCGCCCAUUUAGUCUCGCAGCGGCAGAUACAGGCCGCUCAGUUCCAUCUCCUCAAGCAACAGCAGCUGCUCAAGCUGCACCGAGAGCGCCACCUUGCCGCGGCCGCGGCGUGGAGCGCGCGCCAGGGCGCUGUUGCGAAGCCCGUUGGCUGCGGCGGCGGCGACGCGCCUCCCGGUCUGAACCCGGCGGCGUGGCCCCCGCUUCAGAAACCGGCGCCGCAUCUCCAGUCUCCGGCGACCCGUACCGCUGGCAUGCGCGCCGUGUUCCUCACCCCGCCCGGCGCCAAGCACGAGCGCAAUGGCACCGGCGUCUUCCUCCCACGCCCUGCUGGCGCCCCGGCCGAGCCGAAGAGAAAGACAGGGUGUUCGACGGUUCUUGUCCCCGCCCGCGUCGUGCAAGCUCUGAACCUCAACCUUGAGGACCUCGGCGCCCAGCCUCGGUACCCCGGUGGCUUCGUUCUCGAUCACGAUGCCUUGAUUAGUCGGAGCAACAUGCUGGCGAGCCAGAAGCGCCGCGCUGCGGUUGCGGCGGCAGCCGUGGCCUCGCCGGCGCUCUGCCAUAGUUCUUGAGUCCAGUCGCCGGAAAGGUUGCCGCCAAAGAUUCCGGCGACAACCUCCCCGUCUGUUGGCCACUCGGGUCAAUCCUAAUAAUUAAAGAAAUUAGUUCGAGUACCUUUGGCGGCAGAGUUUGGAAGGCCAUACUAGUGUUAGCAUCAGUGCUAGGUCUGUUCAUUUUGGAUCCGGUGAUAUAUUGGUUUUUUGGCGUGGACGGAAAGCGGUGGAGAUGGACGAGCAGCGAAGAAAUCCAUGUCGUCUCCCAGUUUGUUGGUUUGGGGGAAGAAUAAUAAUAAGUGGUUGGAGAGGGGUGUUUUAGCUUCAGCAAGAGCAAGCUAGAAGAUGAUGAGAAGUGACAUGAAAGGAUGGGGUGCGGUUUAUCUUGGAGAGGAAAAGGAAACAGAAGCUCAUCUUCCCAUCCGUCCUCCAUCCAUCCAUCGAUGGCUUUGCUUGCUUUGGGUGCUACCAGCAGAGACCCUUAAGGCCUCCUCUCCUCCCUCUUUUUGCAGCCUUUUUUCCUUGCAAAAGAAGCUUGCCGUGGGCUCCAUGAAUAAGGGCGCUUGCUUUGUUAUGUUUAGAGUAUGCCCAAAGGAUUUAUUGGUGUUUUUCUUUCCUUGUACCACUAGGUGGUAGUAGCAGUAGUAGUUAAAGUGUCCCCUGACUUUUCUUACAAGGGCAAUUAGGAGUGCAGUGGUUAGUUGCUUAGCUUCGUCAGCAAGUGUGGGCUGGGCUGAUUACUCUCUGUCUGGUGUACGUGACUACUGUGGCCCCAUGUCAUCAUGGGACAUUAAUAUAAAAUGGAAUUUCAUUGCUUAA